AUGCUGUCCUCAAGAUUUGCACGAGCUCUCCCUCGAGCUUCAACCUCUGCCACACGCUCCGCAAAUCUUCUCCGCACACCAUAUGCAUCGUCAUUUGUACGAUACAACUCCGAUGGCGGCGACAAGAAGGUGAAGGGUGCCGUCAUUGGCAUUGACUUGGGUACCACCAACUCAGCAGUAGCCAUUAUGGAGGGCCAGACACCAAAGAUUAUUGAGAACUCGGAAGGUGCCCGAACAACCCCAUCCGUGGUUGCAUUCGCACAAGACGGCGAGCGGUUAGUUGGUGUCUCAGCAAAGCGCCAAGCUGUUGUAAACCCAGAAAAUACCCUAUUUGCCACAAAGAGAUUGAUCGGCCGGAAGUUCACCGAUGGUGAGGUCCAGCGCGACAUGAAGGAGGUCCCAUACAAGAUCGUCCAACACACAAACGGCGACGCGUGGGUUGAGGCACGUGGCCAGAAGUACUCGCCAUCCCAAAUCGGUGGUUUCGUCUUGCAGAAGAUGAAGGAGACCGCGGAGUCCUACCUGACGAAGCCUAUCCAGAAUGCUGUUGUCACUGUCCCUGCCUACUUCAACGAUUCCCAGCGUCAAGCUACCAAGGAUGCCGGUCAAAUUGCUGGUCUUAACGUCCUCCGUGUGGUCAACGAGCCUACUGCCGCAGCUCUCGCCUACGGACUUGAGAAGGACCAGGACAAGGUCAUCGCAGUUUACGAUUUGGGAGGAGGAACUUUCGAUAUCUCCGUGCUCGAGAUCCAGAAGGGUGUCUUCGAGGUGAAGUCCACCAACGGUGAUACUCACUUGGGUGGUGAGGACUUUGACAUCCACCUGGUCCGACACAUUGUCCAACAGUUCAAGAAAGACUCUGGUCUGGAUAUUUCGAAUGACCGUAUGGCCAUUCAGCGUAUCCGCGAGGCUGCCGAGAAGGCCAAGAUUGAGUUGUCCUCAUCUAUGCAAACCGAUAUCAACCUUCCCUUCAUCACAGCUGAUGCCUCUGGGCCAAAGCACAUCAACACAAAGCUUACUCGGGCGCAAUUGGAGAAGCUUGUUGAUCCCCUCAUCAACCGCACCAUUGACCCCGUGCGCAAGGCCCUGAAGGAUGCUAAUCUCCAGGCCAAGGAUAUCCAAGAGGUUAUCUUGGUCGGAGGUAUGACUCGCAUGCCAAAGGUCAGCGAGUCUGUUAAGAGCAUCUUUGGCCGCGAUCCUGCCAAGUCUGUCAACCCCGAUGAGGCUGUUGCCAUGGGAGCUGCGAUCCAGGGUGGUGUCCUCGCCGGUAACGUCACUGAUGUCCUUCUUUUGGAUGUCACACCUCUUUCCCUUGGUAUUGAGACCCUUGGAGGUGUCUUCACCCGUCUCAUCAACCGAAACACCACCAUCCCUACCAAGAAAUCCCAGGUCUUCUCAACCGCUGCCGACUUCCAGACUGCAGUUGAAAUCAAGGUUUACCAGGGCGAGCGUGAACUUGUCCGUGACAACAAGAUGCUCGGCAACUUCCAGCUCACUGGUAUCCCUCCUGCGCACCGUGGUGUCCCUCAAAUUGAGGUUACUUUCGACAUUGAUGCCGAUGCGAUUGUUCAUGUGCACGCAAAGGAUAAGUCUACCAACAAGGACCAGUCCAUCACCAUUGCUUCAGGCUCCGGUCUCUCCGACCAGGAGAUCCAGAACAUGGUUGAGGACUCUGAGCGAUAUGCCGACGAAGACAAGGAGCGCAAGUCUGCUAUCGAGGCAGCCAACAGAUCCGAUAGCGUGGUGAAUGACACCGAGAAGGCCUUGAACGAGUUUGCCGACAGACUCGAUAAGACUGAGGCCGACCAGAUCCGCGAGAAGAUCGCCGCUCUCCGUGAGCUCGUCGCCAAGAACCAAUCUGGUGACGGUACCGCCACUGCUGAGGAGUUGAAGGAGAAGACCGACGAGCUGCAAAUGGCCAGCUUGAACCUGUUCGACAAGAUGCACAAGGCUCGUGCUGAGACCAGUGAUUCUCAAUCCGGAAACGCUGGCGAGACCAACCCACCUGAGGGUGAGGCCAAGGAUGGCGAGAAGAAGCCAUGA